AUGGCGGUGGCUAGAGAUGCCUGUGGCUUGGAACUCGCUGCCGGGAACGGGCGGCGGCUCCACCUGGGGAUUCCGGAGGCCGUGUUUGUGGAAGAUGUGGAUUCCUACAUGAAACAGCCGGGGAAUGAGACUGCAGAUACAGUGCUGAAGAAGUUGGAUGAACAGUAUCAGAAGUAUAAGUUUAUGGAACUCAACCUUGCUCAAAAGAAAAGGAGGCUAAAGGGCCAGAUUCCUGAAAUUAAGCAGACUUUAGAAAUUCUGAAAUACAUGCAGAAGAAAAAAGAAUCAACCAAUUCAAUGGAGACCAGAUUCUUACUGGCAGAUAACCUGUACUGCAAAGCUUCAGUUCCUCCUACGGAUAAAGUGUGUCUGUGGCUGGGGGCUAAUGUAAUGCUUGAAUAUGAUAUCGAUGAAGCUCAGGCAUUGUUGGAAAAGAAUUUGACAACUGCCACAAAGAACCUGGAUUCUCUGGAAGAGGACCUUGACUUUCUUCGAGAUCAGUUUACUACCACUGAAGUCAAUAUGGCCAGGGUUUAUAAUUGGGAUGUAAAAAGAAGAAACAAAGAUGAUUCCGCCAAGAACAAAGCAUAA